CUCUCUCUCUCUCUUUCUGUGUAUGCGUGUGUGAGCAGGACAGACACAUACACACACACGCGCACACACACACACAGCAGUAGUUGUGUGUUGUUGAUGUUUCGGGUGGAAGUUGAAGCGCGCGUGGAGCAGUGCUGCGUUCACGGUCACCAACAUCUGUGGAAAAACUAACUGCUGCUUCUUCUGACACUUUUGGUUUUCCUCUGCUGCUCUACUGGAAUGACUCUGUGUAAUCGGAUUAUCUCUGCUCGGAACUCCUGACACUGCAGUGGAGAGUGUGCAGCUGCAGCAGCUUCGGUCUCCUCGGGUCUUCUUGUCCCGGGUUCCUCGGCUCUUGUCCCGGGUUCCGCUCCUAUGAGCGCAGCCUUCAGCUCGUCCUUCAUGGUGAUGCAGCGGCCGCUCGGAAGCUCCACCGCCUUCAGCAUCGACUCUCUGAUCGGCGGGCCGCCGCAGCAAUGCAGCCCGGGACACUUCGUGUACACCGGUUACCCCAUGUUCAUGCCGUACCGCUCCGUGGUACUGCAGCCUCCUCCACCUCCUCCACCUGCUGCUGCUGUCGCUCCUCACCCCGCUGCUCCUCACGCUGCUGCGGGGCUGCAGCAGCCGCUGUCCGCUCACCCGCACCUGCAGAGCGGCUUCUGCUCCAGCCUGGCGCAUGGACUGACGCACGGACUGACGCAGAGCAUGGCGCUGAUGGCGGCGCUACCCGCGGGUUUCUCUGCGUCCCCGCAGCAGCAGAACCAGAACCUGGACUCCGCCAGGAAGUUUGUGUUUGAAAAGGCGCAGGAGCUGCGGUUGGAGGCGGAGGACAAGAGUUUCCUGGCGGGGAAAGAGUCCACGCUGCAGGCUUUCCACGACACGGACACGACGGUGCUCACGUCCACAGGGAGAGGCCUGAGUAAAGACGACAGCAGGGACGAGGACAGCGGCCGCAGAGAGGACUCUUUCAUGGACAGUGACUGCGACUACAGCUCUGACGACAACAUCAAGGAGGACCAGGGAGACGGAGGAGGAGCAGGAGGUCCGGAGGAGGCCCAGCACCUGCACGGAGGCUCCGGGUCCGGAGGCGCGGGGAGCGGCGGCGGCAGCGGCGGGAAGAACCGGCGGCGGCGGACGGCGUUCACGAGCGAGCAGCUGCUGGAGCUGGAGAAAGAGUUCCACUGUAAAAAAUACCUGUCGCUCACGGAGCGCUCACAGAUCGCGCAUGCGCUCAAACUCAGCGAGGUCCAGGUGAAGAUCUGGUUCCAGAACCGACGCGCCAAAUGGAAGCGGGUUAAAGCCGGAAACGUCAACAACAAGUCCGGGGAACCGUCCCGGAACCCAAAGAUUGUGGUUCCGAUCCCGGUGCACGUGAGCCGCUUCGCCAUCAGGAGUCAGCACCAGCAGAUGGAGCAAAACAGACCGUAGAAGAAGACUGGCUCACGUGCUUAAAUGUCAACGGUUCGAUACCCGAGAAAUCUGGACACAUGAAGUUUAUAAUCCAGGAUUAAAUUUUAAAACAAUCUAAUUAAUUUAAACUUUUACCCUGUACAAAAACUCGAAACCAAACUCCAUUACAUUUCUCACUUAAGUUAAGGAUUCUUCAGAAUUCAAAUCCACGUCGCUUCAAUAAGAACAAAGUAAAAUGUUGAUGAAAAUCCAAAGACAAUAAUCAUCACAGUGCAGUUUCAGACACGGCCGUUUCCUCGCGCACACGCUCACAAAUAUGUUGACGUCAUAUCUGAGACUGACAGUGUAAUUACACACUCACCGAGGUCGUGACGUGACAAAAUUCAUCUUUUUCCCCAAAGGAGUUUGGUUUCAAUUAGAGGCGUUUUUUUUGACAGGUCACAUUAUCGAGACUUUAAUUACAUUUGGGACUGUGACAGUGUAAUUAAGACUCAAAUGCUUCAGCCACGUCGCAGAAUGACACUUUUUAUGAACGGAGUUUGGUGUGAAUCCAGAUUAUGAGCUGAGAUUAAGGGAUGUGGUUUAUUUAAAAAAAAAAAACACUGACAGGAAACAGGACCUGAAAACAUCCGCAACA